AUGUUGCCAUAUGUUCUUACAGCAUCAUUCCAGUUGGAUGCCUUAAUGAGCAGCCCGCCAUACCGUUUAAUUCAGCGAAGCCUACCAGGGUCACUCGGAACUGCCCCCGAAGGAGCAGUAGGCUAUCAGCCGCCACCCGGACCUGUUGUCAAUAAUGCUCAGCCGACAGAGACCAGGCCAGUGGUGGAUAAGACAGCGACAGUGGCAAGCACAACGGCUACUCAAGGUCUAUCGCGCGAGUCGAAACAAGAGGCAGCUGAACUUAACGGCACACCACCUGUGACGGCUAACCCGCGAGACAACGUUGCCAUCCUGACUGGAACCGCAACAAAGACACAGGCGAGGAUAGAGGGGACACAGGCGGCAACAGCUGUUCGAGAUGUUGAUUUAACCCCAGCCAGCCUAUUCCUUUCAGUUGUCCUAACCGUAUUGCAACUCUAA